AUGACUUCCAUUGCUGUGACGUAUCGAACGACGCUCGAUGGUGAGCUGCGCGCGUUCAUGAUAGCGCAGCUGAUAAAGUAUCUGCUCUUUAUGCGUGGGCAGAUCCCUUGUCUGUACGAUGAGUUGGUAAAGGUAGUUCAACGCAAUCAAGAGGAAGUGGGCCAAAAAUUAAGACGGCAACGACUGCCAAGCAGUGGCAGCUUAAAGAAGGCAAUCAAGUGUGUCGAAGCGAGUGAGUUGCUGCUAAGCGAGCAGAUCAACGCAGUCUUUUCGCUUCAGGUACAAAAGAUGGUGUUGGUGUUUGGACCGUCGUUGAUAAGUCCAAGGGAAGUCGUCAUUCUGGAAUUCAAGGAGCCCAAUACAAUGGUGGAAGAGGACAAAGCAACGAGUUGUUCUAUGAUUCACUCACCCGUGUCCAGCUGUGAGGCGCUCAAUCUAUCACCGACAAGAUCAAGGGCAAAGCUAAUGCAAAUGUGUACGAAGAAACUCAUGCGUGCAGUUUUCACCCAAGCAAUGGAGCAGUUUACCAGUCCAUUGUCUGCCACCAAAUUGCAUAUUGCGGUGCUUGCUGAGCGCCAGGCUGCUCGUAUCCCUGGUUUUCUUCCUAAACAAAACUUCAAACUUCGACUUCCAAAGAAAAAGCGAGCAUACAAUAUCGUGAUAACCGAUCGUGUUGACCGUACAAAGAUGGAUGACCAGUUUGGGGUCAACCAAGACCAAUCAAAUCGUACGAGCAACGGACAGUCGCAGUCGCCGUUUAUUGCACCACCUCACAAUUUGGAAUUCAUGUGGUAUGUGCUGGAAAAGCCUGUCCCUGGCUUUUCCGACGUUAUCACAACUGAUAGCAAACGUCAAAGAAAUCUAAGAUAG